GAGAAGCAACGAUUCCUGACGGACGUCCUCCACGAGGUGAUGCUAUUGGACGGCUUGAGCUCCUCCCACCCCAUCUCCCAGGAGGUGGAACAGGCGGCGGACAUCAACCGAGUCUUCGACUGGAUCGCGUACAAAAAGGGGGCAGCGCUGAUCCGGAUGCUGGCGAACGUGAUGGGCCAGCCGCUGUUCCAAAAGGGCCUCAACGACUACCUGCUGAGUCACAUGUACAGCAACGCAGCCAGAGACGACCUGUGGAACAAACUCACUCAGGCCAUGCGUUCUGAUGGGCAGGACAUUAACAUCGGACAGAUGAUGGACAGGUGGACUCUACAAAUGGGAUACCCCGUCAUCACCAUCACCAAGAACCAAUCAGAGCAGCUGCCCACUCAUUACAUCAGCGUGAGCCAGGAGCACUUCCUGUAUGGACAGGAAGCCAGGAGCAACAACAGUUUACAGUGGCAGGUCCCUCUGACGGUGGCUGUGGGGAACACGUCCACCAUGAGUUCAGAGAGACUCCUCUGGAUCAACAACAGGACAGAGACGCACAGGAUUGGUCAGAUGGACGACAGCACUUGGCUUCUUGGGAACAUAAACCAGACCGGUUACUUCCGGGUGAACUACGACCUCCAGAACUGGAAACUGCUGAUUCAGCAGCUCCACCACAACCCGGAGAUCAUCUCGGUGGGAAACAGGGCGGGGCUUAUCGACGACGCCUUUAACCUGGCCCGGGCCGGGUACCUCCCCCAGGGUGUCCCCCUGCAGCUGAUUGGCUAUUUGCCCGAGGAGACGUCGUUCCUGCCGUGGCACUCCGCCAGCCGAGCGCUCUACCAGCUGGACAAGCUGCUGGACCGCACAGAGGAAUACAGCCUGUUCAGUGACUACGUGUUGAAGCAGGUUGCAGCACGGUACCAUCAGAUGGGUUGGCCGACAGAUGUUCCAGGCAACGAGGGCAACGUCCUUCAGGCGUCGUACCAGACUGAGGAGCUGCAGAGGGAGCUCAUCAUGUUAGCUUGUAGCUUCGGGAACAAACAGUGCCACCGUCAGGCCGUCGCCUACAUCUCCGACUGGAUCUCCAGCAACAAGAACAGGAUUCCUCCCAACAUCCGAGACAUCGUGUACUGCACCGGCGUCAGCCUGAUGGACGAGGACGUGUGGGAGUUCAUCUGGAUGAAGUUCCACUCGACCAGCGCCGUGUCAGAGAAGAAGAUCCUGCUGGAGGCCCUGACCUGCUCCGACAACACUUUCCUCCUCAACAGGUUACUGAACCUGUCCCUGACCUCUGACCUGGUCCCUGAGCAGGACGUGAUCGAUGUCAUCAUCCACGUGGGCAGGAACCCGCAGGGUCGAAACCUGGCCUGGAAGUAUUUCAGAGAAAAGUGGGACAUCCUGAACGCUCGUUACGGUGAAGCGUUGUUCAUGAAUUCAAAACUCAUCAGUGGAGUCACAGAGUUCCUGAACACGGAGAAAGAACUGAACGAGUUAAAGGAGUUCAUCCAAUCCAGCGGCGUGGGGGCGGGGCCUGCUUUGCCGCGGGCGCUGGAGAUCGUGGAGGGCAACGUGCGCUGGCACCGCCUCCACCGGCGGCUGUUCUUCCAGUGGCUGCGCAAACCUCCGAGCCCCGUCCUCGGCUAA